AUGACCGUAUGGGGUCUUUGGCGACUCAUCUUUGAAGAUCGAAAAGGGAAUCGAUGCUGCUCCGGAUCUGAUCGAAAUUUCAGCAGGAACCUGACUUAUGUUGACGACGGUUUGAAGCGAUCGGAGGUGGCCAUCAAGGUCGAAGUCAUGAGCAUAAUCCACAAACAUGGCAUGUCCAUUUUCAGAUGUCAUGUGCGAUCGGUGGAUAAACACAUCGAAGACGGACCAAGACGGACACAUCAGGGUUGUGACGUGUUGACCGAUGAAUUCCAUUCCGCCUUGAAGCUGAAAAAUUGGAUGUGGACCGAGCGAGGCCCUACCAUGAUGAUCGGACCAAACCUUCGUCAAUUGCAUGAGUCUCUCCUUGCUGGUAAUAAUCAGUUCGCUUGUUACGCAGCAGAGAGCUUCAUACGUCUCAUGAAUUUCAUGCGUCUCUUCGCUGCCACCUUGGCAAUGAUGGUGUGCACCGCCUUUUCUCCUGGUCAGUUACAUCGUCGUCCUCGGGCCCUUACCCAACUCUCACGUUCUACUCGUCUGUCGGCGUCUACUUCGUCGCUGGUGGUAAUUUCGCCUCCGGGGGGGAUUGGCGAAGUAUCGGCGGUUAAAGCCGCCGAGAUGGGAUCUGCAGUUCGCUGGUUCGUCGUAUCCUCUGGGAGUUCUAGAGAAGUCAUCUUAUCGCAAGAAGUACUGGCUUCCAUAGCCGCGGCUGGGGGAAGUGUGGAACUAGCCGGCGCCGAUGUUCCCUCCCUUUUGCUACCUCCAGAAGACCCUAAUUCAGCUGUAACGGCUGUAUCGGCUUGGUGUGGUGCGGCCGAAGCGAUUGUAUGCACAUUUGAUGGUUGCGAGACGAGCCCUGCCGAAAAAAAAAAGCUCAAACUGGACGAUGAGGAUCCUGAAUUCGCGUGGAAAAACGCAAUCAAAAUCGCCGCACAACAGGCUUCUUCUAAAAUUUCUGGCACGAAGCUCGCCAUUUUGUCGGCGAACGGAGAUAUGGACGAUGACUUACAAUCCGUAUCGUCCGGAAUUGGAGGUUUCGUGGGUAGUUUGCUCAAAGGCAAAAGGAUGGAGAUUCCGUCCUCACUCACGCAAGCUAUGAGUGGCAUGUCUGCUGGUUUCACUUCAGCCGCAGCCAAGAUUGCGACCUUACGUCACGGUGAGCUGUUUGGCACUCCUGAAUCUUCACCUAACUUUUCGGCUUUGGUUGGUGGCCCCCGACGUGAUCCGGAGCUUUGUGAAGAGUUCCAGUUUCGGGAUAUCCGUGUGGACCCCACACUAUCACUAAUGGGUAACUUUAUGAUGGGAAAGACAACGCGAUCGUCUCGCCACGUCAUUGGCCAAGCCGCUGCUUUGUUGGUGCUUGGUAAGGUUACAGUAGUGCCUGGACUCGAUAUUUGCGUUUCUUCCCAGCGAGGAACCGAUGUCGUUACGAUGGAGCAAUGGGAAAAGGAAUUCUCCCGGGUUGCCGAAGACUUGAUGACGGCGGAUUCUACUGGUGGUGGAGCUCAGUUGUUUUCGGUCGACUUUGCCUCCGUCCCAGAUGUCGAACGCCUGGCCGAUUGGUUGGCCACAAAGUGGGCUCCGGCCGUGUUGCGUACCUACGACAUUGCUGCGAUUCGAGUUGGCGCUCGACCCGUCUACACCACCCGGACUUCCCCUGGAACCUUGCAAAUUGACUGGCAACAGCUAGUCGAUUUUGAGUCCGUCACGGUGGGUAAAAUGGAAAUUGUCGUUACCGACAAAGGCUUAAAGGCACUGCGACUGGCUGGAGACGCAUCAAAGGGAUUUGGUUCGGUCUCUCGCAUACCGCUGAAUGGCGAAGACGUUUUGGUACGUCGUCUAGCGGAAGCAAGUUCGCAAGCGAUUGAAAAAGGUCUUGCGAAAAAGGCCAAGGCUGUCAAAAAGGCAGUUGAAGAAUACAAAAAGCCCGAACCCGUGGUAGCGGCGGCACCAGUAACUUCCAUUCAAUCCUCAGGUACUGUAGAAGCGUCCAUCGCUGCAGCUUCCUCUGGUCCACGUCAAGCAGGAGCCCGGAGGUCGACAGAAAGAGCUCGGGGCAAAAGACGAAAAACAAGUACGGAAUCCAGCAACGGCGGCUCUCCGACGCCGACUGAAGAGUAGAACGGGUAAAUACGGAAGAAAGGCCAAAGUUUCUAUUCCUUU